ACUUUUCGCUUAAGAUUGGCAAUUCAUUUUUGGAAGUUAAAUGGUUGAUCUUAAAAGAAGACACUUUUGAAUGUCCGAAGAGGGAGAAAGGAGGCCAAAGAGAAAAUUUUCAUCUCUGUUACAGUAUAUAUUUCUAUAUUUGAAUUUCAAUACAGUUCAGGGGCAUGAAAUUAGGGUUGGCAUGCCCAAGAUUUCGCGGAAAUGUUCAUUGUUUAUUUUUUGAAGUAAGCAGCAUUUUGCCCGAAAUAUAGGGUUUUCGCUUUGUCAGAAGAAGUCAGAAGCAUGGUUUAUGAGACGCGAUCAAGGAGUAAAGUGGGGGGUGAUGAGGACAAUACUUCAAAGAAUAGAGUGACUGAUGGAGAAGGAACAUCCAUUUCAGGUUCUACAGAGACUGAUUGUUUAGAAUUACGAAGGUCAGCUCGGAAAACCUCAUCAAAACAGAUUACCACAAGCCCAUCAACUACACGGAAAUCUGAUCGUCUUCAGAACCGGACUCCACCUGUAACUCCUACCAAAGGAAAAACUGGUAAAAAUGAAAAAUUGAGCACUCCUAGUCCUAGUCCUUCAAGGAAGUCUGAUAGAAGCAAAAGAAACCUUCUACCGAGUUCUUCAUUGUUAAAUGUCUCAGAGGAAGAAUCCAAUUCAUCUGGCAUGAAGAGAUAUCGAAAAAAAGAGAAGAGCAUGAAGCAACAAACUCUGGAAUCUGAAAAUGUUAGCACUAGCAGUAAUCAGAGCUUGUCUUCUAUUGGAAAGAAAAGGAGGAGAAUGAAUUCCCUUAGUUAUGUACUUUUGCUCAAGAUGCGACGAAAAAGGGCCACACCUUCAGGAAUUAAUAAGUCAAAGAGACCCCGUAAAUUUUCUGUAGCUAUUGGUAGGGACACCAGGCACAGGGAGUUUGUUGAUAAAGAAAACAGGGACAGUGAGUGUCAUAUAAAGGCCGCAGAUGAAUUGACAGACCAUCUUGCUGCACAACUUGAUGAAGGAGCCUCCAACAGUGUGCUAGAGGCUUGCCCUGAUAUGAAAAGUUUGAAGAUCCCAAAAUUUGAAGAUUCUGGGUCUGCUUGGUCACCAUCAGCCGGGCAUGAGAAGCAUUUCUUUGCUGGGUUUUGUGCUGCAUGUUCAAAACAGCGAAGGGUGGGUCAUGGUUCGCCAAAAGUUGAGCUCUGCUCAUGUGUUGCAAUAUCCAAUAGGGAUUGUGAUAAAUUAUCUAGUCCUAAGGAUGAAAUUGGUGUUGAAGAUAUUAUUAUCUCGGGAUCUGCUGAAAACUUCAACAGUGGACAAUCCAAAGGGGCUCCUUCAGAUCAUCAUAUGGAUAGGAAUGACAAUGUGUGUGCUGUGUGCAAACAAGGUGGAAAGGGCCUACUAUGCAAUGGAAAGGAUUGCAAGAGAUGCUCCCAUCCCCCUUCUUUAGGUACUCCUGUACAUGAUCUUCCAUCAGGAGUCUGGCAUUGUCUCUGGUGUCUGAAGAAAAAGAUUGGAUCUGGUGUCCACUCAGUGACACAAGGAGUAGAGUCAAUUUGGGAUGCUAGAGAAGUGGAUGUAUCAGGAACACAUAAGCAGAAGCAGUAUCUUGUAAAGUACACAGGUCUUGCACAUGUUCACAACCAGUGGGUAUCAGAAGCACAGUUGCUUCAUGAAGCACCAUCUCUUGUUGCAAACUUUAAUGAUAAUAAUCAGGUUAUUAGCUGGAACUCUGAGUGGACAGUGCCACAUCGUUUGUUGAAGAAAAGGUUAUUAUCUUUCUCUGAACUGCAAGGUGAUUGUCAUAAUUUUGAUGCUGGUGAUAAUUCAGAAUGUCAAUACGAAUGGCUUGUUAAGUGGCGUGGUCUUGAUUAUGAGAAUGCCACAUGGGAAUUGGAGAAUGCUAAUUUUCUAUGCUCACCUCACGGACAAAGCCUUGUUAAGGAGUAUGAGAUACGGCAGGAAAAAGCAAAACAAGUAAUCAACAAGAAUAAUAAGCAAUCUCUUGUCGAACUUUCAAAGAAUUGGGCAGGAAGUUCACUUGUAACUGAUAUUGAUAUACUAAAUUCCAUAAACAAACUACAAGAUUGUUGGUGGAAAUCACAGAAUGCUGCUUUUUAUGAUGAUCAGGAACAAAUAGUGAAGAUAAUUUUGUUUAUCUUAUCUCUGUCAACGGUCUGCUGGCCUGUCCUUAUCAUCACAGCUUCCCAUGCUAUUUCUAAGUGGGAAGCUGAAUUCAUGAAAUGGGCCCAAUCUCUGGAUUGUGUAGUUUACCAUGGUAGCAGGGAAUCCAGAAAGAGUAUUGAGACAUCGGAGUUUUAUAGCCAAGGUGGAUGCAUAAUGCUUCAAGUUCUUUUAACCUCUCUUGAAACUGUUGUUGAGGAUAUACAUGUAUUAAAUAGCUUGAGUUGGGAGGUGGUUGUUAUUGAUCAGUGUCAACACUCUAACGUAUCAACUCACAUAGAGAAAAUUAAGACACUUGCUGGGCUAAAGGUGCUUCUCUUCAAUGGUCCAAUUAAGCAUACUGCAUCGGAGUACUCGAACUUACUGUCACUUGUUGAUUCUGAUGGUGAUUUGGAUAAAGUUGAUCUCUCGAAAUCUCACUCAAAUGAUACUCUUGGACAAUUGAAAGAGAGGUUCCCAUGGUUUAGUUCAUGCAGCAGCAAAUGGACAUCCAAGUUUCUUGAGUAUUGGCUUCCUGUUCAAAUUUCUGAACUGCAGCUUGAACUGUACUGUGAUACACUACUCUCGAACAUCAAUGCUCUAUGCUCUUACUCAAAAAGUGAUCCUGUCGGAGCCCUCAAUGAUAUUUUUCUUAAUGUUCGAAAGUGUUGUGAUCAUCCUUACACUAUUUGGGAUCCAUCCUUGAAUCCCUUCAGCAAGGGGCUUUCUCAGCCUGAGAUCUUGGAUAUUGGAAUAAAAGCAAGUGGGAAAUUGCAGCUUCUUGACAAGAUGCUAUCUGAGAUGAAAUGCCGGCAGCUAAGAACAAUUGUCCUUUUUCAGUCCUUUGUUGGCACCACGCCUUCAAUUGGUGACAUAUUGGAUGAUUUUUUGCGUCAAAGAUUUGGUGAAAAUUCUUAUGAGCGUAUUGAUGCAUUUCUGAUACGGUCCAAGAAGGAAUCUGCUCUUAACAGGUUCAACAAGUUGGAAAAUGGGCGAUUUGUAUUUUUAUUAGAAAACCGUGCGUGUAAAGCAACCCUUAAACUGUCAUCAGUGGAUAAUGUUAUCAUAUAUAGCAGUGAUACUAAUCCAUGGAAUGACUUGAGACUUCUAGAAAAAAUAUCAUUUGAUUCAGACUCUAAACCAAUCAAAGUUUUCCGGUUAUAUUCAAGUUUUACAGUGGAGGAACAAGCACUUGUGAUUGCAAAGCAAGAACCAGAUCACUUACAUAGUCCAAACCGGAACCUGAAUAACACUCUCAUGUGGGGUGCAUCAGAUUUGCUCAGUAGAUUGGAUGGGUACUAUGCUGGAGACAGCCAGGCAUCAGCUAUGCAUACAUCAACUGGGCAGUUGCUUUUUAGUGAUGUCAUAAGGGAAUUCUCCACCAUAAUUUCUGAAAGCUCUGAAAAUGCUGGCAUGCAAAAUUCUGUUAUUUCAAAAGUUCUACAUAGUUCUUCACGUUGCACUACAAAUCUUUCACUAUUUGGUGAGCAGAAAAUUAAGUGUACAGGUGGAGAAGCACCUUGUGUCUUUUGGAAAAAUCUGUUGGGGGGAAGAAAUCCUCAGUGGAGACAUAUAAGCUGUCCAAGUCCAAGUCCAAGGAGCAGAAAGAGAGUCCAAUUCUUUGAUGGAUCAUCACCAGAGAUUGGAAAUAACGUAGCGAAGAAAUCUAGGAAGAUGAACAGUGGUUUUGAUGAAGGAGGUCAACGUUCUGCUUCAAAGGAAGGGUCUUCUACAAUUAGAGCUUCUAAUGAGUCAUUGCCAACAUCUACUACUUGUGAAAAUGAGGUUGAUUUGGUUGAGCAUGCAGAAAGAAAUAUAAUAUCUGAUGAGCAGUGUAGUCUUCAUAUCUAUCUGAAGGCAGAGAUGGCAAAAAUUUUUAAAGUGCUAAAACUUUCGGAAGAUGUCAAAAAAAUGGCUGGAAGUUUCCUAGAAUAUGUCAUGGAGAACCAUCGCAUUAGUAGGGAACCAGUCGGCAUAUUCCAGGCUUUCCAAAUUUCUCUGUGCUGGACGGCAGCUUCAUUCUUGAAGCAAAAAGUCGACAAGGAGGAGAUGCUCGUAUUAACAAAAGAGCAUCUAAACUUCGAAUGUACUAAAGAUGAAGCGACUACUGUUUAUCUGAAGUUGCGGGAAUUAAAGAAAAAUUUUUCGCAACACAUGAAGAGAAACAAAAGCACCUCAAAUUCAUUAGAGCUUUCUGAAGCAGGUAAGAGUGGUGACACUUGCAAGGCUCCAGUUCAACCACCUUUGGAAGAACAUACUGUUGAUGAGGUCUUGUCAGUUGAACAUGCUACGGAAGUUUCAAUGGGGUGCGAUCAUCCUCCAGAAGUACAUGAUGAUGCUCCUGAUGUAGCUGCAGGGUGCGAGUAUACUGCAGAAGCAAAUACUAUAGCUGAUGGAUCUGCCAAAGAAAAUUUUACACCUAUAAAUAGAACUGAUUUGACAAGUAGCGCAGGGAACGAGAAAGAGGUCACUAGUAACUCUGGUGAUGGAAACCAGACAUUACAAGAAGUUACUUCUUCAGAUGAUGGUGGUUUGCUACCUCAAAACCAAUGUAAUGGGACACAAGUAUCAGAAAGCCAGAUUACAUCACCAACCGAAGCUGGACUUUCCGAACCCAUUAAUGCUGGACAUAGAAUGUCUGAUUGUGAAUCCGUAUUGGCUGAAAAUAUUGGAAACCAACCAGCUUCUGAUGCUAGUGGUCGCUCUCCGCCUGGUGAAGUUGCAGACAUGACCUGUAACCAGGACAGUAGUUUACAAACCUCCGGACCUUCUUCCCAGUUGGUUGAGACUGGGACAGCAAUACAACCUUCACCUGAUGCUGAUUUGCAAGAUCCUCUUUACAAUGAAUUUGAUAGGAUGCGUAGAGAAAUGGAGUAUGCUGCCAAGAGCCAUGAAGAUCUGAAAUCGCUGCUUAAAUCUGAUUGCGAAAAAGAAAUAGAGGAAAUGAUUGCAGAAAUUCGUAACAAAUACAAUGCCAGACUUCAGGAGGCCGACACAAGAUAUUCUCUGAGAAAGAAUGAACUGGGUGGGAAUCUGAAGAAAGUUCUUUUGAACAAGCUAUUGGCUGAUACUUUCAGAUCUAAAUGCAAUGAUAUCAAACCUUCAAAGCUUCCAGCUGUGCCUACCAGUUAUAUACAACAUCUACGUCAACCAUCAACACAGCCUACAUCGCGAUCUGCCUCUCUCAUAGGCUCGUCUCCAACUAGCAGGCAAACUUCAGCACCCGCUUGUAUGAGACCACCAAUUGCUACACCUUCUGCUGGUGAGCAAACUUCUACGAGGCUGCCAUCUGUUGCUUUAUCUUCCAGUGGACAAGUAGCGGGCCGGCAAACUUCAGCACCAGCUUGUACGAGACCUUGGAUUGCUUCACCUUCUGCUGGCGAGCAAACUUCUACGAGGCCACCAUCUGUUGCUUUAUCUUCCAGUGGACAAGUAGUGGGCCGGCAAACUUCAGCACCCCCAGCUUGUACGAGACCUUGGAUUGCUUCACCUUCUGCUGGCGAGCAAACUUCAGACCAAACUUGUACGAGACUGCCAUCUGAUUCUUUGUCGUCUUCCAGUGGACAACAAGUAGCUGGCCAGCAGACUUCUGCCCCAUCAAAGCCCUCUCCCGUGGUUGGUGAAUCUCCGAGAAGGCCACCAUCGAUUUCUUUGGUUCCAGCUGGCAUGCAAACUCCAUCACCGGUGAGGAUGAGAUCGCCAUCAAUUGGUUUGUCUUCUGGGGGACAAACUGUAGUUGGGCAGCAUACUCCUGCAUCAUCAAGACCUCCUUCCGUGGUUGGUAAAUCUCCAAGGAUUCCUAACAGGCCCCCAGGCCCACCAGUUAUCAGUUCCAUCACCCCUUCCUCUGGUAAUCCUCGACUAGGGUGCGAGAUUCGUGCCCCAGCACCCCACCUUCAAUCUUUCAGGCCUUCUAUGUCUGCAUCUACAGCCGGUCCCUCGCCCAUCCUGAGUGGUAGACCUAACUUGUCUUCAUAUUCAUCCUCACUCAACCAUGUUCCAAUUCGACCCGGAGUAAUGUCUUCUCAAAACCCACAACACAAGGAGCACCCACUCUCUUUGCAACAACCAUUACUUGCGAGUAUCUCUGACUCUCUAUCUGCACUGGAGCUGCACACAAACCUUGAUAAUCAACCUAAUCCAAACCGGCCAAGGCAGAGUGGUUGGCCAAGUCUUAGCUCACCUGCUAACAUGUCUUCUUCAUCUUCACCCUCACUAAAGCACUUUAAAACCGUACCAUUUGUGUUAGACUCUUCUCAACUUUUACAAAAGAUGGACCACCCUCAGAAUCAGCCUUCUGAACCCGAUAACAGACCAUUACCUGCUGUCAACAUGUUACGUCUUUCUGCAACAGAGUUGCUCAGAAAUCUUGACAACCAAGCUAGCGCAACCCAGCCAAAGCAGAGCGGUGGACCAGGUAAUUCCAUUGACGCUAACUCUUCUUCAUCUUCACCCUCACCCUCGCUCAACCAUGUCCUGAGUCAACAACCAUCAGUGUUGGACAGUUCUAAACUUUCACAAGACAAGGAACAGCCACAGCCACACCCAUUAGGUGCAAAUGACUUCAACCCUCAAAACCAGCCUGCUGUUAAUAUUCUGCCAUUUUCUGCCCUUGAGUUGCUCAGGAAUGUUGAUAACCAAGCUACUGCUAGUGCAAACCAGCCUAAUGAUUGAACUGUGUAUUAGUUAUUGGCUUACUUGUUAUCAUUAACAAUACCGGAGCUGUAUUUCCUCCUCAAAUCCUUUGUUUUUACUGGCUAAAUGGAGAUUGUAACUUAUUUGAUUUUCUGGAUAAGAAUUGUCUUUCUAUGAUUUUUUGGUUUGUUUAUCGAAAUGAUAACCGAUAAGAGCAUCCCUAAUAGGGGUGUUUAUCAAGUC